AUGUCCGUUCAACGUUCGCCUCCUGAAAGAAGAUCUUCAUCACAAUCCGAUUUAUUUAAUCUAACGGACAAUGCUUUUGUAUCUUUGAGAAAGCGCAAAGAACGUGAUGACAUUGACAGUCUUGAACUUCGCGAUGAGUUAAUUAUGAUGGUGUCUAAUAUGAAUAAAAACCAGGAUUGUAUGUAUAGUCAACUACAGAAAUCUUUGGAAGAAAUAAAAGAACAAAACAGAACUAUAGUAAAGGCACAGAAAGGAAUUGAGGAAAAAUUGGAAGUAAUAACGGCUUCACAUAGUGAUCUAAAUAACAAAGUGAUCUCUGUCGUUAGAGAUCAUGAAAUAAUGUUAAAGAGAAUACAGAAUUUGGAAGACACAUUAGAAGAAAGCCUACGUAUCCAAAACGCUACUUCAAUUGAAAUACGCAAUGUUAAUAUAAUUGAGCAGCAGGAACUCCCAGAAAUUGUUAAAAAAAUACAAGAUUCCUUAAAGAUUAAACUAAAUGACAGUGAAGUACGGCAAAUCUCCUUAAAAAAAGUUGGGAAAAAUCAGCAUAAUAUAAUUGUUCAAUAUCAGACUAUAAAAGCACGUGAAGAAAUUUUAGCAGCUGUAAAGAAAUAUAAUGUGGAUCAUGAGGAUAAUAAACUAAAUAGCUUAACAUUAGGAUUAAAAGGAGAAAAACGACCACUUUUUAUAUCGGAACUCCUCACUUCGAAUACGAGGUUACUUCACUAUCAGGCCAGAAUGCUGAAAAAAAACCACGGAUUCAAAUUUUGCUGGAUAAAACAUGGUAAGGUAUUUAUCAAAAAAUCUGAUAAUACUCCUACCAUACAUGUCAAAAUGUUAACCCAAAUUGAGGCAUUAAAAAUGGAUUUACCAGGCUUACAAAAUUGA